AUGACUUCGGAUCACGGUCACAGAUUAUAUGUCAAAUGAGGGAGAAGAAGAAUAUGGACUGGAUUGGAUGCAAGAAGAAGGGUCGACACCUGAGCUACCAGCGUGGAAAGCGCGUCACCAACCCCAACACAAGUCUUAUCAAGCUCGAGGGCGUUGAGGACUCCAAGGCCGCUACUUUCUACUCCGGCAAGAAGGUCGCUUUCGUCUACAGAGCCAAGCGCGAAGUUAGAGGGUCAAAGAUCAGAGUUAUCUGGGGCAAAGUCACCCGGCCACACGGAAACUCCGGCGUUGUCCGCGCCCAGUUCCGACACAACCUCCCCCCCAAGUCGUUCGGUGCAUCCGUCAGAGUCAUGCUUUACCCAUCUUCCAUCUAG